CCUUGUGUGUUGAUGAUUAACAGCAUCUCUGCCUUCAGUUAGAACCUACACACUCUCAACCAAACAGAAUGAUUUUUAUUGGUUUACCAGGUACAUAGCUGCCUUCUUGCAGGUGCUUUAUUCAUCAACAUUCGUAUCCGGAGGUCGGUGAUGGUGGAGGUCGCCCGUUGCAAUGUCUCGGAACUAUUUUGGGUUCUCACUCAGGACCGAUGAUGGAAGGAGCGAUAUGGGCGAAGUGGCCCUCAACAAUGCAGCCGAUAUAUCCGUCAUUGUCAUUUAUUUUGUGGUCGUCUUGGCUGUUGGCAUAUGGGCUAUGGUAUGCACCAACCGUGCCACUGUAGGUGGCUUCUUCCUCGCGGGCAGAAGUAUGGUUUGGUGGCCGAUUGGAGCAUCACUUUUUGCCAGCAACAUUGGCAGCGGACACUUUGUGGGAAUUGCUGGGACCGCUGCAGCUUCCGGAAUAGCCAUCGGUGGAUUUGAAUGGAAUGCUCUCAUUGUGGUGGUCAUCCUGGGUUGGCUCUUUGUUCCCAUCUACAUCAAAGCCGGGGUGGUCACAAUGCCCGAGUACCUGAAGAAGAGAUUUGGAGGGCAGCGCAUUCGCAUCUACCUCUCUGUGCUCUCCCUUUUCCUGUAUAUUUUCACCAAGAUCUCAGCAGACAUGUUUUCAGGCGCCAUUUUCAUCAACCAGGCUCUCGGUUUGAACAUCUACCUGGCCGUCGUGGCGUUGCUUCUGAUUACAGCUUUGUACACCGUCACAGGUGGCUUGGCUGCAGUCAUCUACACAGACACAUUACAGACCAUCAUCAUGAUCGUGGGAUCAUUCAUUCUGAUGGGCUAUGCUUUUAAUGAGGUGGGCGGCUAUGAAAACUUCCAGGAAGGUUACAUGACCGCUGUUCCUUCCAUCACGGCCAAUUUCAGCAAGAGCUGCUACGAACCUCGCCAAGACUCUUUCCACAUUUUUAGGGACCCCAUCACAGGAGAUCUUCCAUGGCCUGGCCUGGUGUUUGGGCUGACUAUUCAAGCCACGUGGUACUGGUGCACCGAUCAGGUGAUUGUGCAGCGUUGCCUCUCAGCCAAGAGCUUAUCCCACGUCAAAGGCGGUUGCAUCCUUUGUGGCUACCUGAAGCUGCUGCCCAUGUUCCUCAUAGUAUUCCCCGGAAUGAUAAGCAGGAUCCUCUACCCUGAUGUGGUGGCUUGUGUGGACCCGGCUGAAUGUCAAAAACACUGUGGGGCUAGUGUGGGGUGUACAAAUAUUGCCUAUCCCAAAUUGGUGGUGAAGCUGAUGCCCCAGGGUCUUCGUGGUCUCAUGCUGUCCGUCAUGCUGGCUUCUCUCAUGAGCUCCCUGACAUCCAUCUUCAACAGCGCCAGCACUCUCUUCACUAUGGACAUCUACACCAAAAUCCGCCGCUCAGCCUCCGAAAAGGAACUCAUGAUCGCUGGCAGGGUGUUUAUCUUGGGGCUGAUUGGCGUCAGCAUAGCGUGGAUUCCGGUGGUGCAGUCGGCGCAGAGCGGUCAGCUCUUUGACUACAUCCAGUCCAUCACCAGCUACCUGACGCCGCCCGUUGCGGCGGUCUUCAUACUGGCCAUCUUCUGCAAGCGAGUCAAUGAGCCUGGUGCCUUUUAUGGCCUCGUUAUCGGCCUCCUUAUAGGCCUGUCCAGGAUGAUUACAGAGUUUGUUUAUGGGACAGGCAGCUGCGUGGAGCCCAGUAACUGUCCCACCAUCAUAUGCGGUAUCCACUACCUCUACUUUGGCAUGAUCCUCUUUGUGGUCUCCUGCAUCAUCAUCCUGGGAGUGUCCCUAGUAACCAAACCCAUCGAUGACAAACAUUUGUAUCGACUGUGUUGGAGCCUGAGAAACUGCGACAAGGAGAGAAUUGACCUUGAGAACGAUGACUGGGUUGAAAAUGUCAACAGCAUGGAAGUGGAAGAACCCGAGGAAGAACCGGGCCUCUGCAAGAAGAUGGUGAUGUGCUUCUGCGGCCUGGAGCAACAAAAAGCUCCAAAGUUAAGCGAGGAGGAGCAGGCGGAACUCCAGAAGAAGCUAACAGACACGUCGGAGGUCCCGUUAUGGAGGAACGUCGUCAAUGGCAACGCCAUCAUCCUCCUAUGCGUGGCCGUCUUCUUUCAUGGCUUUUACGGCUAAGACUCGAGCUUUGAUAUUUAUUUAAGUGGCACUUGCGUAACCUCUUGUGUUAUCUGUGUAUUUUUUGAGGGGGAUGAACAAGCAACAGUUUAAAACUAACAUCGCCUCUACAGUUGCCAUGGCUUGUGGAUCCAGCGUUAAUCAACAAUUAAUUGUAAAAAAAAAUAGAAAGCUAACAAGAUGAACAAAUUGUAUAGGAACUGUAUGUGUGCUACCUUCACCCAAACCUCCUCACUGUGAGUGUGCUCAAAGUUCAACGUAUGCACUUUUGU